ACACUGACCCGCCUUCUGCCCUUCAGCCCCUCUCAAUGGCCAGGAUCCGCUCCUCCCAGACCUGCUCGGUCCUCUGCUCGGCAACAACACCUUCGACUAUGUCAUCGUCGGUGCCGGUACCUCCGGCAUGACCCUCGCUGCCCGCUUGAGUGAGGAUCCAGACAUCAAGGUCGCUGUCAUCGAGGCCGGCAUCGACUACGCUGCUGGCCCCUUGCCCGUCGUCAACCAGGAGCUAGUCAACAUUCCUGGAGCAGACACAGUAGGCUGCGGUGGCGGGGACAUUGACGCUGCAAUUCAGAGCGCUAUUGAUUGGGGCUACAGGACGGUGCCCCAGCAGGGUGCGGCCAACCGCGAAGUACACUACGCACGAGGCAAGACUUUGGGAGGCACCUCUACGAGGAACUUUAUGCUCAAUCAGUUCCCUACGAGGGGUAGCUUGGCCAAGUGGGUGGCUCUCACUGGUGACCCUUCCUGGUCAUUCGAGGCUCGCCAGCCUGACUACAAGCGCGUCUUUGACUUUACGCCGCCCAAGCAUGAGCUGCGCCAGGAGAUUCCAGAGGCUCAGUACAAUCCGAAUGACUGGGGAUCUGACUCGCCCUUGAUCCACGCGUCGUACGCAAACACGCCUUCGAACUUCUCGCACUUCAUGCAGCAGAGUGUGAAUCAGAAGGGCAUCAGGACGACCAGGUCAUUCAACGGUGGCAGCCUCCUCGGCGUGCAAUACUGCCCGACCACGAUCAAUCCCAACGGUGGCAUCCGCUCCACCUCUCGCGACGCCUACGUCGUAGCCUCGAAGCGUCCCAACCUGACCAUCUACACUGGCGCCCUUGCUAAGCGCAUUGUGCUCAGCAACGACACGACUCCUCGCGCCCGCGGCGUCUUGUUCAGCUCCAGUGCCAUCCUUGCGGACAAGCUCACGCUAUUCGGAGUGCACGCCACGCGCGAGGUCAUUGUCAGCGGUGGAGCCUUCAACAGCCCUCAGCUCUUGAUGGUUUCCGGCAUUGGCCCCCGUGACCAGCUCACAGCCCAGGGUAUCCCUGUCAUCGUGGAGAACAAGAAUGUCGGCCAAGGAAUGGAGGACCACGUCUUCGUUGGACCCACAUUCAAGGUGAACCCAGCCACCAACACCCUAACCGACUUGGCGGCCAAUCCCGUCUAUCUCGCCGCUCAAUUUGCCAACUUCUCGACCAAUCAGCUCGGCCUCCUCACCAACCCCGUCGCCGACCUGCUGGCUUGGGAGCGCAUUCCCCCCGCAACGGCUGCUGCUAUUGGCGCCGGCAUCCUCAACACGUACCCUUCAGACUGGCCACACAUCGAGCACUUCAGCGGGGCUGGCUUCGUAGGCAACUUCCAGGGCCUUUUCCAGGACAAUCUCGCUCGUGGCGCUGAUGGCUCUCGAUUUGCUACCAUUCUCGCAGCUAUCGUGGCCCCUCGCUCGAGGGGAACUGUGACGCUGAACUCGGCCGACACGGGUGACCUGCCCAACAUUGACCCCAAGUGGCUCGUCGACCCUGUGGACCAGGCGGCGGCCGUGUACGGUUUCAAGCGUGCCCGCGAAUUCUUCAGCGCUCAAGCUAUGCAGCCUGUACUCGCAGACAAGAACGAGUACUAUCCGGGCGCUGCCGUGAGUACGGAUGCCCAGAUUCUCCAACACGUCAAGGAGAAUCUCAUGACCGUCUGGCACGCCUCGUGCACGUGUAAGAUGGCGACGCGAGAUCAAGGAGGCGUUCUGGACAGCAAGCUCCAGGUGUACGGCACGCAGGGGCUGCGAGUUAUCGACGCCUCGAGCUUCCCGAUGCUGCCACCUGGCCACCCUCAGUCGACUUGCUACAUGUUGGCUGAGAGGGGGGCGACGCUGAUCAAGCAGGCGCGGGUAGGGCGGAGUGUCGCUGAUGCGAUCAAGGGUGCUGCUGCUGCUGUUCUUAGCAAGCGCAAGGAGGAGCAGAGGCUUUGAAGGCGGUGUUGAUGAUGAUGAUUGUUCUGCUGUCUCUAUGUUUCGUCUCUUGUUGUUACCAUCGUUGUUUCGUGAAUCGCAGCUACACG